AUGUACCGGCGAGGCCUGGUCGGAGCGUAUUCGGGGAACACCAGCCUGCGUCUGACCGACGCCGGAGAUGACAGCCUGCUGCUGGUUACCCCGACGCAUCAUCCCUACUAUCGACUCAAGGCGGACGAGUUGGUGGUGGUGAACCUGGAAGGCGAGCCGGUGGAGCCGGCUCCGAUGCGGCCAUCGUCCGAAACCCGACUGCAUCUCGAGAUAUAUCGGCGGCGUCCAGACGUCCAGGCAGUGGCACAUACUCAUUCCAUCCAUGCGUCGGUGGCGGCGGUCAUCGGGCUGGACAUACCGCCGCUGAUCGACGAGAUGCUGAUGACCAUCGGGGGGCCGAUCAAGGUCAGCAAGUAUGCCUUCCCGGGAACGCAGGAGUUGGCCGAACAGGCUUACGCCGCGUUGGGCGACCGGAAUGCCGCGCUCCUUCGCAACCACGGCGCCGUGGGGGUUGGGCCGGACAUCUGGGAGGCGUUGGAAGUCUGUGAUCUGGUGGAGCGGCUGGCGAAAAUUUUCGUGCUGGCCCGCAACUUCGGCCCGCGAGCCGCGUCCCCUCUGCCGGAAGACGCCGUCGCGACGGAGAUGCAGAUGUUCCAGGAUAACCGCUAG